CAAAUUUAUUUAAUUUUUUUAGGACUUAAUAUACUCACAAUGUGGUGUACGGUUACAAAGCAACUUUGGCUACUUACCAAGUAAAUAAAUAAAUAAAUAAAUAAAAUAUUCCUUUAUGUAUAAAUGGUUUUAUGACGUGAUUAGAGAGAGUGUGAAGAGAAGAGAUGUGGAAAAGCUUGAUUGUUAUAAAUGGUUCUCUUUUAAAGCACUGUUUACUAUGAUAACUCUUAAUUCUCUCUCUCUCUCUCUCUCAGUGAUUGUGUUUAGUGUAGUUGUGGCUCUUGUGACUGGAACUCCAGUACCAUCAAACAUACACAAGUGCACCGACUGCUCAAAACUCGCUCGAUCACUGCUCACCAACCUCUCACAUGUCAUGGACAAGGGACAGAAGAAACAUGAUAAUUUGUUUGCUGGGUUUAACUGUACUGAACUGGCAAUACAAAUGAAUGAAUUCACUCAGACAGGAGUUGUUUGUCAGCCCAACACAUCUCCUAACGUGUCAUGUGUCAACCAAAGAAACUCGACAUUUAGUGAGACUGAGUGUCUGAGGAACAUCCGAGAUGAUCUGUGUUAUUAUAAUGACUUACUGAACUCUUAUAUGAAGAAUGUCAAGCAGGCCGAGAAGGAUUUGAAUCCUGUUGUGAACACUUCAAAAGACCUCGUGACUUGUUUGCAACAAAGUUGUCAUCAUGUAUCCGCUGAGAGAAGCCUGCACAAUGAGACCGGCUGGGGUGUCUCGUCCUUUGGUGACCGUGUGUCCCUGUGCAAAAAACUGAAGGGCUUCCACGUUCGGGCCAUCACUAUCAACAGAGCUCUGAGCUACAUCGCCUCUGGAGACCACAGGAAGUGAUGUCACUCUCUACCACUGACACACACCAAUCGCAUCACAUGACUGUAGAGGAUUUAACACAUCAAACUAAAGAUGACAGAAACACCAGCAAAGAAUAUAUAAGCUACAUGUUAUGAGGCUAUUAAGUUGGAAUAUUUAUAUAUGAUGUUAAUUAUUUAAUCUAUUUAUCUAAGUAUUUAUUU